CAAACGCUACAUGCAGUAAUUCCUUGACGUCACUUGGAGGGCUCCCUGUUGUCUACUGUGGGUGGCUCAGAUGACCAACAGGAGCUGCCAGCGCCGUGUGGAGAGAGAGAGAUUCAGAGAGAGAGAGAGCAAGACAACGAUCGAUUCUGUGCGUGCAUGAUGGACAUUUAAACAUCCACUCAUCUGAAAUUGCAAAUUGCCUCCACUGAUUCCACUAUCUUACUUAUUGACGUGGAUGGAGCUGAGCCUGGAGUGGAUAAUGGGGAAUUCAUAUGCAGGGCAGCCGAAGUCUGCUCGCUUCGAAGAGGCCCUCCACAACUCUAUCAAGGCCUCCCUAUGCUCCAGCAGUGGAGACCCACAGCCCGUCUUCACUCAGCUAUACCUGGAGCCUGUCCAUUAUCAGGGCAACAUGGAGGAUAUAAAGCCCAAGGUGGACCUGUACCUGCCGUGCGGGAAGCCUCCGCGUCAGGAUCAGCUGAACGGCCAGGCCUCUAAUGGUCUGGAGGAGAUGAAGGUGGACGGCAACUCUGACACCAGCAGCCCCCCACCGCCCAACUUACAAGGCCCCUCGCCCAACAGCUGCUGCACCAUGGACGGUUUCUGUCAGGCCGGUAGGGACCUCCGUCUGGUCUCCAUGUUGACAGAGCCAAUCCAAGUCCCAGCUGGCUUUGAGUUAGUCGGUGCCAAGUCCCCCAGCAUCCCAGAGCACAUCCUGGUGUGUGCUGUGGAUCGACGCUUUCUGCCUGAUGAGAACGGGAGAAAUGCACUUUUAGGGUUUUCAGGGAACUGUGUUGGCUGUGGAGAGAAGGGGUUCCGGUACUUUACUGAGUUCUCCAACCACAUCAACCUGAAGCUGGCCAUGCAGUCCAAGAAGCAGAAGCACUUCAAAUACUACCUGGUGAAGAACUGUCAGGAUGCUCUGUGCAAAGGACCCCUCAUCUGCUGGAAAGACUGUAAGACACGUCAGUUCUCCAUUAGCAGUGCAUUGACCUCCAAACCCAACUCCUCAUCCUCCCUGAGCAUCAAGGAGAAUGGAGGCACCAAUAGUCACAGCUGUUCCCUCUUCUCCCUGUCAGGUAGGACACAAACACCCUCCUCGUACCCUUCUCCCUAUCAGGUAGGACACAUACCCUCCUGUUACCCUUCACUCAUGGCAGUGGAGCCUGGUCAGUUUGUAGGGUAGUUAGUGUUCAGUCAGUGUAAGAUCUAACCUGAUGUUAGACAGCUGUGCUCAUAUGCUCUAUUGACUUUAGCCUCCUACUGAGCUACAUCCUGCUCCUCUGUCAGGGAAGGGUAGAGGUGUGACACAACACCCCCUCUCCUCUCCCCUCCCUACCCUCUCCUCCCAUCCCUCCCUCCCUCUGACCAAGAUCUGGCUGGAGUGAAUAGUGUCUGUGUUUGUUUACAAAGCAUUGUUUGGUUAAAGGGGACAGUUAUGGUCUACUUGUUGAAAUGGAAAAACUGGAUUGAGUCAUUAUUGUUGAUU